AUGAAGGAAUCCUUGCUACUUUCGUAUUCACCCGAGCUUAUCCAAUCCAUCGGUGAAGAGCUUGCUUUACCGGAUGUAAAGCGCCUGCGAAUGGUCUGCAGGGUCCUCGCAGAUGCCCUGGCCUACAUCGUUUUGCACAAACUAACGUUCGAGAUUUCCAGGAGGAACAUGACACGCGGUGUGGAAAUGGUCAAAACUUUGGCGACAGUAGAGCCAGAACAUGUGGCGUGUUAUGCUUCCCGGAAGAUUUCGAUUGGACUGCUUUCUCCAGCAUACGAUCGGUAUAGUCCGAGUGGUAGAUACAUAGAUGGGGUGUGGGUCAUCGACCCACCACGGGAAGACCCACCUGAAGUCACAAUGGCCGAAGAAUUGCUAAAAAAUAACUUGUUCGCAGCCAUCGCCUCACUGAAAAACGUGCACACUGUCGAAUGGAAAACAGACGAGAGAAAUCAACCUUUUAUACACGCCAUUAUAAUUGACGCCCUCAAGACACUCCCAAACCUGUGUAAUAUCCAGAUCGAUUUUUCGAAAGCUGAAGUUCCUCUGGAAUUUGACCUGCUGCUCGGUCGAGAAAAGAUUUCUGUAUUUACAGAGCGAUCGACAGAGUUGCAACAAGAAGAAAUAUUUGACAAACUAGCAAAGGCGAUCGCCCACAAUCCAGUUCUUACUUCCCUUAACGUCCGUGGUAUAAUGCAUUAUCAGCGACCCAUAUUCGACAACACGCAAAGUCUCCAUCAAUUGUUCAAAUACCACGCAUCUACUAUGCCUCCCCUCCGCCUCCGUGAACUACGUCUGAGAUCCAUGUUUGUGCGUUUGGAUCACGUCACUUUGCCUCACCUUACACAUCUUACAACUCUUCACCUAGAAGAAAUAGAUGAACCCUCCGAAAAUGCUUCACAUUCUCUCUCUCGCCGUUUUGGACGCGGUGCCUCUGCUGGUUUAUCAAAGGAUAGGGAAAAAUAUGAAUCGUCCGUGGAGAGUAUCUGGGAUGUGCUUCGCGUAGCCGGGGUCCGCCUUCAGAAUAUUACUGUCACCUCGAUAUCCUCUUCUUUCCUCGACUAUCUUUCGUCAUACUCUGGCCUGAUCAAGCUGAAUCUAGAAACCUCUGGGCUUCAAGAUGGGGAAUCAUCCGACGCGAUGGCUGCACGGUUUUACGAUGGGCGACUUAACAGUCAUGUUCGCUCGCUAGAGAGCUUGCAGAUAACAGCCUCGUUCGAAGGACUAUGGUGCUUUGGGGCACACAACGUGAAAACAAUCUCCUGCUUGACCAAUCUCAGGAACCUGGGUAUGACCAUCAGGUACAUGGACUUGGCAGUGGCGAACAACCCAAAGGAAGAUGCUAUUAAACGUCUCAUAGACAUGACGCUCGAAUGUAUGCCGAAUAUUCAGAGUAUCGAAGUUAAGUUCGCCAGUUUAGAAAUGGACCGCAAUGCGCUCUGUGGAACAGCGUCUAUGCAACGCGCCCGGUGCGUCUACGAGAAGAUGCUAGAAUGUGUGGGCAACUACAUCGCUCCAUUUGCGUACAAACGCACAUUAUUGCCCACUCUGACGGUUGGAUCAGACACUGUGUUCGUGACUGGGCACGAGUGCGUGAAACCUGAUGGUAUUAAUUCGGAUAAACAACUAGGAAAUGAUACAACCAGUCGGAUGGGAGGGGUCCGGUUGAAGUAUGUUAGUAUUCCAGAAGAUGAUGAACCCAGUUGGCUUCGCUUCAUAUACAUAUAA